AUGACUAGGCCUUGGCUUGUUGCUGGGGAUUUCAAUGUCAUAACUGAUGAUAAUGAUAUUUAUGGUGGCAAUCCAGUAUCAUUGAAUGAGGUGGAAGAUUUCAGACAUUGUAUUACCACAUGUAAUCUCACUGAUUUAGGCUAUAAGGGAAGUAUAUUCACAUGGUGGAAUGGAAGGGGUGCAGAACACUUGCAAGACAAUUGGGAGACAUAUGUGAAUGCUAACUCAUUCUAUGUUUUCAAUUCUAAGUUGAAGAACUUGAAGAAGGUAUUAACAGCUUGGAGUAGAUCAACUUAUGGGGAUAUAUUUCAGCAAAUAACCAACAUGGAAGAGGUGAUUAAGGCUCAUGAGACUAUUUUUGAUGUUGAUCCUUCAUAUGCAAAUAGAGAGAAGCUCAACAAAGUGAAUGCAGAACGAACUAGGCUGUUAAGUGUGGAGGAAGAAUUUUGGAAGCAAAAGGCUGGCAUGGCUUGGUUCCAAAAGGAUGAUAAAAAUUCAAAGUUCUUCCAUGCUCAUGUUAAUGGUAAGAGGAAGAAACUGCAGCUUAGAAGAAUUCAAAAUGGCAAUGGAAACUGGCUUGAAACUGAUGCAGAAAUUGCUGAUGAAGCCACUAGAUUCUUUUAG